AUGGCGGAAGCCCACCAGGCCGUCGCCUUCCAGUUCACGGUCACCCCAGACGGGGUGGACUUCCGGCUGAGCCAGGAAGCGCUGAAGCAGAUCUACCUGUCGGGCCUCCAUUCUUGGAAGAAACGGUUCAUCCGGCUGAAGAACAGCUUCCUGACCGGGGUGUAUCCUGGCUCCCCCUCCGGCUGGCUGGCCAUCACCGCCGUGACCGUGGGCAGCACGUGGGUCCACGUGGACCUCUCCCGGGGGGUGAUCAGCAGCAUCCAGAGGCACCUGCCCACCAGCUGCAGCUGCUACUUCAACCUCCGCCAGCAGACCCUGCUCAGCGCCCUGCUCUUCUCCACCGGCCUCUGGAUCCUGGGCAUUUGGCUUCGCCGCCAGAUGUUGAAGCUGCUGCUCUCCUACCACGGCUGGAUGUUCGAGCCCCACGGCAAGACGAGCUUCAGCACCAAAGCCUGGGUGGCCCUGGUGAAAGUCAUGUCCGGGCGCCACCCCAUGCUCUACAGCUUCCAGACCUCCUUGCCCAAGCUGCCGGUACCCAGCGUGGAGGACACCGUCCGUAGGUACCUGGACUCUGUGCAGCCCCUGCUGGACAAGGAGAAGUACGAGCAGAUGGAGGCCCUGGCCAGGGACUUCCAGCAGAAGUUGGCCCCCCGCCUCCAGAGGUUCCUGCUCCUCAAGUCCUGGUGGGCCACCAACUAUGUGAGCGACUGGUGGGAGGAGUACAUCUACCUGCGGGGGAGAGGCCCCAUCAUGGUCAACAGCAACUACUACCUCAUGGACUUUCUCUACAUCACCCCCACGCCCAUCCAGGCAGCCCGAGCCGGCAACUGCGUCCAUGCCAUCCUGAAGUACCGUCGCCAGCUGGACCGGGAAGAGCUUGAACCCGUGAUGGCGCUGGGCGUGGUGCCCAUGUGCUCCUAUCAGAUGGAACGGAUGUUCAACACAACGCGCAUCCCUGGCAAAGAGGCAGACUCCCUGCUGCACCUGGUCGACAGCCGGCACCUGGCCGUCUUCCACCGAGGGCGCUUCUUCAAAGUGUGGCUGUACCAGGCGGGGAAGCAGCUGCCCCCCCGGGACCUGGAGAUGCAGUUCCAGCGCAUCCUGGACGACCCCUCCCCUCCGCUGCCCGGGGAGCAGAGGCUGGCGGCCCUCACCGCAGGGAGCAGGGUCCCCUGGGCCGAGGCCCGUGCCAAGUUCUUCAGCCGGGGCAAGAACCGGGCCUCGCUGGACUGCAUCGACCGGGCCGCCUUCUUCCUGGCGCUGGACGAGGAGGCGCAAGGCUACAGCCCCGAGCGGGAGGAGAGCCUGAGCGACUACGCCAAGAGCCUCCUGCACGGGCACUGCAACGACCGGUGGUUCGACAAGUCCUUCACGCUGGUGGUCUACCAGAACGGCAAACUGGGGGGCAACGCCGAGCACUCGUGGGCCGACGCCCCCGUCAUGGGGCACCUCUGGGAGUUCAUGCUGGCGGCAGACCAGCUCCAGUUGGGUUACUGCAAUGGCGGGCACUGCCAAGGGGUGCCCAACACCGAUCUGCCCCCUCCUCAGCGUUUGGUCUGGGACCUUCCAGAAGAGUGCAUCCAGACCAUCGAUGCCUCCUACGGCGAGGCCCAGGCGCUGGCCGAUGACGUGGACUUCUGCUGCUUCUGCUUCUCCACUUUCGGCAAAGGGCUCAUCAAGAAAGGCCGGACCAGCCCCGACAGCUUCAUCCAGAUCGCCCUGCAGCUGGCCCACUUCCGGGACAGGGGCCACUUCUGCCUCACCUACGAGGCCUCCAUGACGCGGCUCUUCCGCGAGGGCCGGACGGAGACGGUGCGCUCCUGCACCAGCGAGGCCACGGCCUUCGUGCUCAGCAUGAGCGACCCCAACUGCAGCCCCCUGGACCGCCUGCAGCUCUUCCGGGCGGCGGCCGAGAAGCACCAGCAGAUGUACCGCCUGGCCAUGACGGGGGCCGGCAUUGACCGGCAUCUCUUCUGCCUCUACGUGAUGUCGCGCUACCUCGGGGAGAAGUCGCCCUUUCUGGACAAGGUGCUGUCCGAGCCCUGGCGCCUCUCCACCAGCCAGACCCCCCAGCAGCAGAUCAAGAUGUUGAGCCUGGAGGCCUAUCCGGACUACGUCUCCUCCGGCGGAGGCUUUGGGCCGGUGGCUGACGAUGGCUACGGGGUCUCCUACAUCAUUGCCGGCGAGAACCUGAUCACAUUUCAUAUUUCCAGCAAGUUCUCCAGCCCCGAAACGGACUCCACGCGUUUCGGGAAGAACAUCCGUCAGGCCAUGGUGGACAUUGCCGCUCUGCUGGACGUGCAGCCCAGGCGAGUGGCCCGCUGA